AUGGCUGCUCUGCGGGGCUCCGCGCCCGGGCUCUGGCGGCGGGCGGCGUGCGCGGCCGCGGGCUUCCGGGGACGCGGCCCGGGAAGGGGCUACGCCGCGGGCCCCGCGCAGAGUCCGCCUACCUUUGGGUUCCUGCUGGACAUCGAUGGAGUGCUGGUGCGGGGCCAUAGAGUGAUCCCUGCUGCUCUGAAGGCCUUCCGCAGGCUGGUGAGUGCCCAGGGGCAGCUGCAGGUGCCUGUGGUCUUUGUCACGAAUGCUGGGAACAUCUUACAACAUGGCAAAGCCCAGGAGCUGUCAGCCCUGCUGGGCUUCAAGGUGGAGCCAGAUCAAGUUAUUCUCUCUCACAGCCCCAUGAAGCUCUUCUCGCAAUACCACGAAAAGCUGAUGCUGGUGUCUGGGCAGGGACCACUGGUGGAAAAUGCCCAAGAACUGGGCUUCAAGAAUGUGGUGUCUGUGGACGAGCUGCGGGUGGCUUUCCCUGUGCUUGACAUGGUGGAUCUCCAGCGGCGGCCAAAGACCACGCCCCUUCCAAGGAACGGCUUCCCCACCAUUGAAGGUGUGCUUCUUCUUGGGGAGCCAGUACGCUGGGAGACAAGCCUGCAGCUGAUCAUAGAUGUCCUGCUCAGCAAUGGGAACCCUGGGACCGGUGUGGCGACAGCCCCCUAUCCCCAUCUCCCUGUCCUGGCCAGUAACAUGGAUCUUCUCUGGAUGGCGGAAGCCCGCAUGCCCAGGUUUGGCCAUGGCACCUUCCUGCUGUGCCUGGAAACCAUUUACCGCAAAGUGACAGGCAGAGAGCUGCAGUACAAGGGCCUGACGGGCAAGCCCAGCAUCCUCACUUACCAGUAUGCGGAGGAGCUCAUCAGGCAGCAGGCGGAGAGGCGGGGCUGGGCUGCCCCCAUCCGGAGGCUCUACGCUGUAGGUGAUAACCCUAUGUCUGAUGUCUACGGUGCCAACCUGUUCCACCAGUACCUGCAGAUGGCGAAGCGUGAAGGGGCAGAGGAGCUGGGGGCCGGUGGUCUGUGGAAGCAGCGGCCCUCAGCAGCCCAGAGCUGUGCCUCCAUCCUGGUGUGCACUGGCGUGUACAGUCCCACGGCCGUGGGGUCCACAGAGCCUGUGCGGGGAGGAGAGGAGCCUCCCUUCCAUGGGCACCGGGACUUCGGCUUCAGUCCGGGGCUCAUGGAGGCGUCCCACGUUGUGAAUGAUGUGGACGAGGCUGUGCAGCUGGUUCUCCACAAGGAGGGCUGGGCUUUGUUGUGAGGACUGUGUUCGCGGCCAAGGGAGAGGGCCGCCCGGAGCUGUGGGUGAGUCCCACUUGCUGGCUUCUGGCCUGGAUCACAGGGCGUCAUGUGAGGGCCUGCCCCCCGGGAUGCUCUUCCCACCGCCCCACAGAUGUGACACUACUGGGCAUUGGGACGAAGACACUGACUUUUCCCCCUGCUGGGCAGUAGCCACAGAAUUGUACCCUGGGUAGCAUUAUGGGUAGAAGUAUCAGGAGUUUCUGGGUCCAAUUCCUGUGUGCUUGUCCUGGCAGUCUACCUCUGUGCCUCGUUUCCUCCUCAUCUCAGUAGGGACUUCUGGGAGAAGGGGGCGAUCUGGGGUAAUGUGGAUUGUCUGCAGGGCGUCCGCCUGCGCUCAGGGAGCCGUGUGCCCACCAGGUGUCUACACUCAGAGGCUGCUUUCCAUUGUGUCCCAGCUUACUGCCCAGAGGCUUUUGAGCUUAUUUUUAAAAAUUAAAUAAUCAUAAUAAAUAUUCAU